ACUGGGAAAGAAGAAGAAAAGCAACAAAAGGAGAGAAAAGGGUGAAGACAGAAAGAAGAAAUAAAGGAGAGCCUUACAGGAUGGGAAGAUGAAUCCUUGAGCGUUGACAGUUGAGUCAAGCUUUGUGUGUGUGUGAGUGACUGACUCAAGGAUAAACAGAAAGUACAAGUAGGGAACCUAAGUGUGCCAAAGAAAGUGUGUGUUUGUUACUGUGUGUGUGAAACAAAGAAGAGCAUUGUGAAUGAGUGGAGGCAGAAAAAUCAGGAGUCCACAUGUGACUGCAGCAGGACUGAGUUCGAGAGAGAGGUGUUUUUAAAGUAUGUAUAAGGAGGAGGGGGGGCAGUAAGAGUGUGCAGAGUGUAUCCUUACAUCUGUCCCUCUAGCAGGGCUGAACGAGAGCCAGGAAAAGGGGAAGGGCCUCCCUCUCCUCCUCUCCAGCUGACAAAAGCAGCUGCCCAGGAGCCCGGGCUGGAGCCUGUUUGGAGGACAAAGAGGGAGAGAGGAGGAGGGAGGACAGAGGGAGAGAAGAGAGAAAGGAGGAAGUCCCCGAGUCCAGGAACCAUCCACCUAUAUGGGUUGUGCCCUGAGUUCGGACUUGUGUGGGGAGGAAGAGGUACAACUGGUGCCGGUGGUCAGAAACUCUAAUCCGAAGAGAAGGAGUCUGGAAAGGAGUGAAAGUGGCAGGAUGAGGCUGACAAAGGGGGCGAAGGGAGAGCCCCACGUCUUCAAGGAAAAGACCUUCAAGAAGAAGCGGCAGUGCAGUGUGUGUCAUCAGAACGUCGACAACGUAGGCUCCUUCUGCAGAGUAUGCAAGACAACCACCCACAGGAAGUGCGAGGCCAAGGUGACCUCAGCAUGCAUCCCAGCUCCCUCUAAUGAUAUGCAGCGUAGAGGGACCACUCCUUCUCGACACACCCAGCACCUGGGGUCCACCAAGUCUCUGACCUAUACCAAACAGAGAAACACCCUUCCAAGGAGCUUCAGUGUGGACCGUGUGAUGGAGAGAGUGAUGGAGCGCAACUACGACUUCGACCUGACCUACAUCACAGAGAGGAUCAUCUCCGUUUUCUUCCCCACAAAACUGGAGGAGCAGAGAUACCGUCUCAACCUGAAGGAGGUGGCUACCAUGCUCAAAUCCAAACACCAGGACAAAUUUCUGCUCCUGAACCUGUCCGAGAGGCGCCAUGAUAUCACCCGACUAAAUCCAAAGGUUCAUGACUUUGGCUGGCCCGACCUCCACGCCCCACCACUGGAUAAGAUCUGUGCCAUAUGUAAGGCCAUGGAGACGUGGCUGACCUCUGACCCCCAGCAAGUGGUGGUCCUGCACUGCAAGGGCAACAAAGGUAAAACAGGUGUGAUUAUUGCAGCCUACAUGCACUACAGCAAGAUCUCUGCAGGGGCGGACCAAGCUCUCAGUACUCUCGCCAUGAGGAAGUUCUGUGAAGAUAAAGUGUCCUCUUCCCUCCAACCAUCCCAAAACAGGUAUAUCUAUUACUUUGGGGGCCUUCUGUCUGGAGCAAUCAAGAUGAACAGCAGCCCUCUCUUCCUCCAUCAAGUUCUCAUCCCAUCACUCCCCAACUUCCAGGGUGGAGGAGGUUACUACCCCUUCUUGAAGAUCUACCAGUCCAUGCAGUUGGUCUACACUUCAGGCAUAUAUGACCUUCAAGGCACUGGAGGCAGGCGGCUGUGUGUGACCAUCGAACCGGCACUGCUGCUAAAGGGGGACAUCAUGGUCAAAUGCUACCACAGGCGAGCUCAGAGUGCUGACAGAGACACUGUGUUCAGGUUGCAGUUCCACACAUGCACCAUCCACGGAUCCCAGCUCUGGUUUGGCAAAGGGGAGUUGGACGAAGUUUGUACUGAUGAGCGUUUUCCGUCCGAUGCCACAGUGGAAUUUGUCUUCUCCUCUGGACCUGAGAAAAUCAAAGGCCGUGGGUACCAAAAGAACGACCCGGCUGUCGCAGUCGACUACAACACUGCUGACCCAGUGGUUCGCUGGGAUUCCUAUGAGAACUUUAAUCAGCGAUACCAGGACAGCCUGGAAGAUAUUGCCCACACCAGAGGUCCUCUAGAUGGCAGUCUCUACGCUCAGAUAAAGAAGCGCCGAGGUCCUGGCUCUGGUUCUCUCACCAAUGGCAGCAGCCCAGCAGCAGGCCAUGCCGAAGAUAUGCCAGAUCAUCUCAUCUCUCAAGGUUCUGACUCCGCCCUCUCAGCCAAUUCCACCCAUUUGAACCAAUCAUCUAUCCAUCCUGACCACCAGGAGGAGCCCAUUCGCCCGCUGCCCCCAACUAGACAGGAGAGAGAGGAGCUUGAACGUCUUCUCGGAGGCAUAGAGGGUAACCAAGAUGGAGAGCGAGAGACCGCUAUCUUGGAUGAUGGAGAUUCUUUGCCCUCUGAGAGAACUGGGACGCUGAGGCUCAGUCGGUCCUGUUCCUGCCGGGGUGGUUAUCGGUCCCAGCAUUGUGCCGAACCUGGAUGUGACCACACCCUCCUCCUCGAUCGGGCUCCCAGCACCAAUGGGCACCACAGGGUGACCCCUUCUGCCAGCCCCAACCCAGCUGCCCCUCCUUCACACAUGGAUCUGUGCCAGCACUACAGCCCCCACUCCCACCAGUCCCUUCCACCUCCAGAUCUGGUGUGGGACGGCCAAAGUGGCCCACCACACUACCUACACUGCUCCUGCUCGGAGGCUCCCUCAUCUCGACAUAUCUGCCCAUACCCAUCACCAGACCUUACCCCUCACUCUCACACCCACCCACAUCACUACCUUCCCUCUGCCCCAGGUCGCCUCUGCUGUCGAGAACAGGACUACAGUCUCUACCACCACCAUCCCCACCCACACCACCCCAAACCCUCCACCAGCCCUACUUACCAUGAUAUACUGCUAAUGGAUGGUCUGCCAUCCCCUGGCUGCCCUUGCAGAGACUGUAGCAUCAGGAGAGAAGACUCUGCGGUUUAUCACAGCUUGAGGCUGAACCGAGGUGACAGCUUCCACUGGGACAGAGAGGCAGAGCUUCAGCAGAGGGAGGUGGGGCUUAGGAGAGCCAGGGAGGCAGAGUUACCCAGAGGGUCAGAUCUCCACUGGGAGAGGGAUCCUCGGCUGACACGAGGCAGAGAGUUGUCCCUCCACUGGGAGAGAGACAGGGAGGCUGAGCUGCAGUGGGAGAGGGACAGAGAGGAUGAAUAUUGGCACGGGAGGGCCACCGUAACCUCCUACGGCCCACAGGGUCACGAUGUUCCAGCUUUCACAUUUGAAUCCUUGCCAUCGGGUCACCUGGCUUAUUCAGAGGCGUCAAGGUCCCACGCUAAUUCUCACCUGGACCUGAAGUACAGCAGCAGAAGCAGUGGAUACCGAAUGCCCCGCCAGGUGUGCUUGCCUUACCAGCACUCGCCGUCUGAAAGCAGGGGCUAUGCCUCGGGCUACCAGUCUGAGUCCACGUCCCCACUACCUCCGGCUUCCUCCAUGACGGAUGCCUGCUGCCAUAGCAACGGACCAGCAGAACAUAUCCAUAACCACCACCAUCACCAUCCAGACUCACAGCAGUCAUACUGCUCUGACUCACACACUGAUGGCCUUCGGAGCUCUGUUGAAAGUGUGGGCUGGAGGGAUCACAUUACCCACAGUUCCUUUAAGAGGGUCCACAGAGACGGCAACGCUGCAUGCUCCACACCGUCUGACAUGUCUGGACCGCCCACUCCUGUCCACACCAGCAGCCCUCUACGCACACAGGAAAGCCCCAGUGCAGGAGGGAGAGAGUGUGAGAUCCGGACCACAGACAUCAUCAGCAGUGACUAUGCAGCUUCCCAGCCCCUUUGUCAUGCUGAUAUUAAAAUCCAGGAAUCCCCAGAAAGCCAAAGAAGCAGCACAGAGCCGCCAUUCCUGCAACAGGCCGCCAAAGACACGCAGUCACACACAACCACACCUAUACAAACAGAACCCCACAAUCACUGCACUUCACCAACAAACCCAUCCCCUACCACUCCCCAACAGCAGCACUGUAGUCCAGAUACACCAUCAUCAACGCAGAACACUUAUUCUUUUGACUCUGCAACACCAACCACAUCAAAUCAGGGGCUCUGCCAGUCUCCUUUGUCCCCUAUCCAUGCUCCAACUGCACCAGAUAAACACUCCCAACCUGGCCCUCUCACUCUCCAGACCCCCCAUCAUUCAGAGGCUGCUGCUCUGCCUUCCACUGUGGCACAGUCAGUGUCCCAGCCUCGGUGCCAGACCCAAACCCAAGCCACUGGAGUGGCAAGACCGACUCCAGCACAGGUCAUCAGAUCUUCUCCAACCAGGGAACUUCACCCUGGCGCCCCAAAACCCAUCAUCACCCCUACCCCCAACGCCCCUGCAUCUCCCACCCCAGCUUCAUCAUCAUCCCCCCAGCCGGCCUCCAGUAGUAUGGAGGGCUCCCCAGUCUCUGAUGUCCCAGUACCUGGCUUUGCCACUUUGGGCAGGAGGUUGAUGUUGAGUGGGUCUGACCCCCACCGUCUGAACCACAUCCAGCAGCACGGACCCCCACACCACCACUACCCUUGCAUGGAGCAAAGUGCUGCCGGACACACUCUGGCGCUGGACACUAAUAAGAGGCCCUGCUACUCCGCUCAUACUUCUCAGCUCCACCCAUCCUACUACUAUCCCACCAUCUCCAUCCCCCUUCCUCACCCCCAGCCGCCUUUGCCAGAGAAGCACCACCUGCCCACCCAGUCAGGUUCACCCAACGAUAGGGUGGAAACUCAGAGGCCAGCUGUGGGCCAUGUCACUCCCUCCACUGCCAGCACCACCCAGCAUCAGCACCAUGUCACAUUCUCUCCCACCGUGGGGGAAAUUGCACCCCCUGCGGGCCAAAAUGAUGGAGAGGCGUCUGUGGAGACUGAGAAUAUGAAUAGGGUCAGUGUGAAGUUUGUCCAGGACAGUUCAAGGUUCUGGUACAAGCCUGGCAUCUCAAGAGAGCAAGCAAUCACAGCUCUGAAGGAAAGAGAGCCAGGAACCUUCCUGAUCAGGGACAGUAACUCUUUCCAGGGGGCCUAUGGCCUGGCCCUGAAGGUGACUACACCUCCUCCCAAUGUAAACAACCACAGCAGCAAUGUGAGUGACCCUCUGGAACAGCUGGUCAGACACUUCCUAAUAGAAACAGGCCCUCGAGGAGUCAAGAUUAAAGGAUGUCAGAAUGAGCCCUACUUUGGGAGUCUGUCUGCAUUAGUCUACCAACACUCCAUCACAGCCAUGUCGUUACCCUGCACUCUUACAAUCCCAGAAAAAGAUCCCAUAGGAGAGGUACAUGAGGUUCAACGGGUGAGUAAUAUCAGCACGGCUGCUGACCUGCUGAAACAAGGAGCAGCCUGUAACGUCCUCUACCUGAACUCCAUGGAAACAGAGUCACUGACCGGCCCCCAGGCCAUCGCCAAGGCAACAGAUGCUUCCUUGGGUCGUAACCAACGUCCCGCUGCCACUGUAGUCCAGUUCAAGGUGACAUCACAGGGCAUCACACUGACCGACAGCCAGCGCAGGGUUUUCUUCAGGAGACAUUACCCAGUGAACAGUGUAACCUUCAGCAGUGUUGACCCUAAGGACAGGAGGUGGACUAACUCAGACAACACCACUGUUAAGGUGUUUGGUUUUGUAGCCAAGAAGCCGGGCAGCUUGGCAGAGAAUGUUUGCCACCUGUUUGCAGAGAUGGACCCCGAACAACCUGCAUCUGCCAUCGUCAACUUUAUCAACAAGGUCAUGUUAUCACAGCGCCAAUAGAGGGAGACAAGGAGAGGAAACCAAACUCAGAGCAGAUAAGCAGUGACAUGAAGCAUAUAGUACUGACAAGGCUUUUAUUGUACAUUAAUGGUCUAGUGCCAGUGUUUUCUGAGUUCUGAAGAUUUUCUUAUUCUAAGGUGUAAAGACAUUACGAAGGCAAUACACACACCCAUAUAUAUAUAUAUAUAUAUAUAUAUAUAUAUAUAUAUAGUAAGUAUUGCUGAUGAAAAAAACAAAACAAAACAGUGUUCAAACAAAGCCAUGAUGUAUAGUGUUACAACUCCUCCAAGGAUGGAAACUUCCACAAUCCACAGUGGCUUUCCAAGAAAAAAUAAAUCUUAUAUAUCUACCAGCGCCCUGUAUCAUGAAGAAAGAUUAGUGGGUUAUCCAGUUCAUUUAUUAUCUUUGAGCAUAACUUCUGGUAUCAUGAACCUGACUCACUUUUAACCAGGCUAGAUCACCAUGGUAACCUGCUUCUGAGCAGGUUUACAUGGAGUCAUCAUUCCUGCAGUAUCCUGACAAUAGACUUUUUUUAUAGAUCAGUACACUUUUAAAGAUCAGUCACUUUGCCUGCCAUGAUAAUUAUGUCAGAGAUAGAAGAAACAUUUUUCAAUAGAUCUUAUUAAUUUCUCUUCUUUAUGCCUUUUUUUGCUCAGACUAUCUGUACUCUACGUAUUAUUUACUUGAGAUUUUAGUAUUUCUGUUUUUGUCAUUAGUUUGAAAUGGGCCGGACUCAGUUGGAAAAAUGGUGAUGUCACGUAGUUACAUGCACCAAUCAGGAUUUAACUAAAUUUGAAUCAGAAUCUGAUGACAGUUGGUGGGUUAUUUGGUCACUGAAUCAAAUUUGACCAAACCGCACCCAGACCAGACCAGAGUUUUUGAGUGUUAAGCUCUUAAUUAAGAGUAUCUAAAGAGGUUGUUCUUUUGUGCUUGGUUGUAAUUAAGAACGCCGCCUCUUUCUCAUGAACUAUCAUAGCUGGAUUGGAAAACCCAGAGUUAACUGAGCCAGUUAAUUACCAGCUUCAUGAUACUGGUUAUCCAGGAUCACCGAUGUUAGGCUCAGUGAAUCCAGGCAGCUCAAAGAAUGCCAGUUGAACUCGCUUCGUGAUACAGGCCCCUGCUUAAAUGAUGGUUAAAUACAACUUUUAUCAUCUUGGUCAGACUGGUGUUCAGUGUAACAAUGAUAGAAGUUUUAAGGACACACUGUGGAGUGGUUACAAAGAGGAUCUUUCUUUGCACUGUUUUUGGGCAACAUGUUCAACAUUUAGACAUAACUGCCUUUAAAACAGCAGGUGUAUAUAUUUUGCUUUGCUACAAAAUCCAUUAUUCUUCUUUGUUUAAAAAAGUAUUUUUCAACUCUUGCCUUCAACCCUACAACAGCACCUUUAUAAGUGUAACACAUUUUAUCAUAAGCGUGGGUCAUAUUUUUCACAAACACAAAUAAUUGGAGUGAGCGAAAAACAUAACUCUCUGAUGAAAGUAAACAUGAAUGUAAGGUUUUUUACUUUUAAUGAGCGUGUGUGUUGAGGAUUUUGGUGUGUUGACGGUAUUUAGGUAAAUAUGUUGGGUAAGGUAUUGUUACGUCCACUUUUAAAGAAAUAUAUAUGAAAUGGAGAAGCUAGAUGUGAAAGGACAUAGUGUUAAACCACACCAUUGUUGUGAAAUGUUGUUCAUUCACUGCAUCCUGUGACCAAAUUCAUUAUAAAACUUAUUCACACAUAGGCUAUAUUAAGUUAACAAAGACAGGUAAACACACAAGCAAGGCAGUGGACUAAAGACAUUAGACAUACUUAACCAAAGACAAGGCACUCUUGUAUUAAUAAACUUUUUAUCCAGCUAUAUUUUUGUACUUAUUGCUUCUUGUAUUUUUACCAUGCAUUCAAUUAGUGUGUUGCCUUGUUUAAUAAAAACCAAGAAAAACACUACUUGUGUUACAUUGAUAAUAUAUUGUGGUCUGUUUUCUUGUUGUAUUAUAUAUUAUAUAUUAUGUAGUAAUAUAUUUUCACAUGCAGUUAUAGCACAAUAUAUGAGACAAAAAAAGCAAACAUUUGUUUGUUUGAAAGGAUAUGCUAUUUUGUAUGCAAAAAAAUGAACAGAAUUAAACUGAAAUAAUGUGGUACCUUAA